AGAUUGCUGACUCAGAGCCACUCUGGCCUACCGGAGGCCAUCUGACAUGGGAGUGUAACUCCAAGGUAAUUAUGGAUCUGAUCAACUUUACCGAUUUGCUCAAUGUCUCCACUUUAGUAAGAAACAGCACUCAAUCUCCAGGUCCUGCCUCAAACGUGAUCAUUGCCCUUCUUCUGUGGUUGUCAGUUAUAAUUGGUACCAUCACCAAUGGGCUCUACCUAUGGGUGCUCUUUUUCAAGAUGAAAAAGACUGUCAAUACACGCUUAUUUUUUCAUCUCAUUUUCUCAUAUUUUAUUUCAACAUUGAUUCUACCAUUUAUAGCAGCCUCCUACUUUCAGGACAAUCACUGGAACUUUGGAACUGCCAUGUGCAAGGUCUUCAAUGCCACUUUGUCUACAGGGAUGUUCGCUUCUAUUUUCUUUCUCUCGGCCAUCAGUGUUGACCGUUACCUUCUCACUCUUCAUCCAGUGUGGUCACAGCUGCACCGAACUCCGCGCUGGGCGUCCAGGAUCAUCCUGGGAAUCUGGAUUUCUGCCACAGCCCUCGGAAUGCCUUAUUUGGUUUUCAGAGAGACACAUGAUGACCAUAAAGGAAGAGUAACCUGCCAAAAUAACUAUGCUGUGUCUACUAACUGGGAAAGCAAAAAGAUGCAAACAUUAAGGAAAUGGAUUCAUGUAGCCUUUUUCCUCGGACGCUUUUUACUAGGUUUCCUUCUGCCUUUCUUUAUCAUCACCCUUUGUUACAAAAGAGUAGCCAAAAAGAUGAAAGAGAGGGGCCUGUCUAAGUCCAAUAAGCCCUUCAAAGUCAUGAUGACUGCCAUUAUCUCUUUCUUUGUGUGCUGGAUACCCUACCAUGUACACCAGGGCUUACUUCUCACUAAGAACCAAUCAGUACUUUUACAGCUGACUCUGAUACUUACAGUGAUAGCCAUUUCUUUCAACACUAUCUUUUCUCCUACACUCUACUUGUUUACUGGGGAGAACUUCAAAAAUGUUUUCAAGAAAUCCAUUCUUGCUCUGUUUGAGUCAUCGUUCAAUGAGGACUCUCUGAUAGAAAGGAUACCAAAUUCAGAAGCCUACAUUUAAAUUUUGAAUCCUAGAGUAAACAAUGGACUCUUAGUCAAUUAUAUCACCAGAGAUGUACCCUUUGCUUUUAUAUAAUGUAGUCCCUAUAUUAGAGAGACAUCUAAGAUGUACGAUAGUUAGAUUUUUGAAUAGUAAAAGGGUUAUAAGAAAGCAAGCAAUGGGUGGUGUCAUGAAUGUAGUUAUUUUUACUUUCUUUUUAUUGUGGUAAAAUACAUAUAAUGUUAGGUUUGCUGUAUUCAGUUUUAAAAUGUACAUUUUAGUGGCAUUAACUACAUUCACAGUGCUUUGCAACCAUCACCACCAUCUAUUUCCAAAAAUUUGUAUUACCCCAAAGAGAAACUCUGCACUGAUUAAGUAAUAACUCCUCAUUUCCCCAUCCCUGCAAUGCCUCAUAACUUCCUAUCCACUUUCUGUCCUAAGAACUUGCUAUCCUAGAUAUUCCAUAUGAGUGGAAUCAUACAUUUCUUAUUUUGUAUCGGGCCUAUUUCACUUAGCAUAAUGUUUUCAAGGUUCUUCCAUGCUGUCAAAUGUAUCAAAACUUUAUCCUCUAUGGCUAAAAUGUUAUUCCAUUGUAUGUU